UUGCCAUACAAAAUGGAAGCAGUUGAUUUUAAAUAUUGUUUGAGAGGUAAAGCAGACAUGAGUAGAAAGUUCAAUAUGUUACUGUUAGGUUUUGCACUUAUGAUGUUAGGAAUUUACUUCUUCAUUGGAGGCGUGGUUGUUGUAAACGACGGAUUUGAAGGUAAAGCAUUAUGGUCCACGUAUCACGACCCUGCCGUUCAUUAUGACAAUCAUUCCAACAUCAGCAGUGCCGAAGACGAAAGCAACAAUAAAUCAACAACCGGUCCCUUGCUGGUACCAGCAUUUGGCAAGCUGGUGAUCGUUCUGGUGGAUGCACUGCGAGCUGACUAUGUGUUGGGUUCGCAGUCGCACAUGAUGUAUACACACGCAGCAGUGCAGAAUGGACGAUCAGUGGCGUUCACGUCCGUAGCGAGGCCACCGACUGUGACGAUGCCACGGAUAAAGGCUCUCACCACCGGCAGCAUUCCUGGCUUCAUGGACAUCGUGUUCAACAUGAACAGCGCCGCCCUGGUGGAGGACAACAUUGUGGCACAGCUGAGAGCGUCGGGCCGCGGCGUCGUCUUUCAUGGCGAUGACACAUGGCUGAAGCUGUUCCCGGGGGAGUUUGUGCGCAGCGACGGCACUACCUCGUUCUUCGUCACCGAUUACACCGUCGUCGACACGAACGUGACACGCCAUCUGUCGGAGGAGCUGGCAGCCGACGACUGGGACGUGUUGAUACUGCAUUACUUGGGACUCGACCAUAUCGGCCACCUGCAGGGACCCGCGAGCGAGCUCGUGGGACCAAAGCUGCGCGAGAUGGACGCUGUGGUGGCUAUGAUAGACGAAGGCUUGACGAAGCGCGAUGAGACGUGUGAGCUUCCAUCGCUGCUUGUGCUGUGCGGUGACCAUGGAAUGAGCGAUGCUGGUAGCCAUGGCGGUGCCUCCUCGAGCGAGGUGGAGACACCACUCGUGUUUUUCUCGUCCGUCUUUCAGUUGGCGUUUAAAUCGGCUAGGCGUGUCGAGCAAGUAGAUUUUGUGCCCACUCUGGCGGCCUUGCUCGGGUUUCCUAUCCCACAGAACAGUUUAGGUGUAGCCAUACAUGAAAUGCUGGAAAGCAGCAUGAGCGAAAAGGCAAUGCUAAAGGCAUUGCAAGUCAAUGCAUUCCAGCUUACUCGUCUGUUGAGAAGACGUUCUGAUGACAUCGACGGAGAGGUUGGCUUCUGGGAAUAUAAGCACGCGGUCGACUUACACAACAAGUAUCUUACAGCAUUACGUCAAGGUGACAAGCUUACAGUACACCACGAGACAGUUGAUAGAGUCACAAAGAUGUACCAACAGGCAAUGACAAGCAUUGCUGCUAGACUAACUGCUAAACUGUCCCGGUACGAUGAAUAUUCCAUGACAGUUGGCAUUGUACUGCUAUGGUUAGGUGUCAUAGUGCUUGUGUUACCUACAGAUCAAAAUACCGCAAGCAGCUAUUUUCUGUGGAUGUGCCUCUGUAUCAGUAUAAUUGCAGCCCACCUGUGGGCGUGCACAGGUGUAGCGCGCACCAGUGCCGUGUGUGAGAGCAGUCCUGAGAUACUGGUAAUGGUAGGGCUGGCAGUGGCAGGCAGUGCAACUGCUGUGGCAUGCGCGAUCGCAAGCUGUGCGACUUCUGUACUUUGUGACAAGUCUUCCAACAGUGUACAGAAUCAGCAGACCUGCGACAACCACAAGCAAACGGCGGUGAGAGGGUUCCUUAGGCUUGGAAUAGUGCUUCACAUUCUCAGUUUUGCGUCCAGCAGUUUCGUAGAAGAGGAACAUCAAACCUGGUAUUUUUUCUUCACAUCCCUUAACGUUCUUAUUCUUGCCAGUCAUAUCGUGAGCUUGGCUCAAUCAUUGUUCAAUGGUAAGGAAUUGAGGAAUGCUGCCAUGAAACCUGCUACAGGCACACCACACAAGAAAUUCCAUGAGACCUGCCCUGCGAAUAAGACACAAAGAUCAAAGGAGGGCGCCACUGCCAACGAUCAUGAAUCUGCUGGUAGCGCAAAUCUUUGCUUCACCGGUGGUGACACACCUUCUCGCGAUCAGAUGAAGAACUUGCUGCGAUGCUUGCUGGUGCUCGUACUAGCGAGGUUACUGCGUGAUUGGAAUCACACGGGAUCGAAGUGGGCGCACCUGCCGGACGUCGGUGACUGGUUGAACGACCGACGCCACCUUCACUACCUGACCGCCGCAUGCUUCGCCGCUAUGCUGCUGCUCGUCACCCUGCUGUUGCGUCGCGAGCGCAAGCUGACAGCACUGCGCAGCAUUCUCGUGCCGAUCGGAUUUCUGUCAAUUUACUGCUUCCGAGCGAGGAGGGAGGAGCUGUGGUCGCCGUGGCAACUGGCAUCGUCGGACGGAGUCACGGAAGCCCGCGCAGCGUACGCGUGCGCUGUGAUAGUCGUGGCAGAGGCUGUGAUCCGAAGGAAGGAUCAGUUGUUUACAGAUGCCCUGGUGGCAGGAUGGACCUUGCUGUCUGCUCUUUUGCUGCGGCCAAGCAAUAUUCCGGUCUUGGCCAUGAUAAGCUACGUGGAGGAGUUGUUCAAGCACUCUACCAGGUCUCAGUGGAAUAAUGAUGGAUCUGUGAUAGCGUAUCUGUGGCUAUCACAGGCCAGCUUUUUCUGGCUGGGAAAUUCGAAUAGUUUGGCAACAGUUGACGUUGCUGCAGGAUACGUGGGGCUUUCUGGCCAUCAGGGUGCUCUGUUUAUUCUGCUGAGUUGUGCGGCAACAUAUUGUGGACCAGUGCUGUGCUUGCUGUGCCUACUAAGAACUUUAUUGCAGUUGUCUGGCAUCAGAGGGCAGCACCUGCUGUGCACAUGUCAGAUGCUGCUUUGCAGUCGAUGUUUUGUGCUGGCAUUUUAUAGCGUGGUCGUAUACGUGGAAAAGUAUCACCUCUUCAUCUGGAGUGUGUUUCUACCAAAGCUGUUGUAUGAAGUGUGUCAUACAGUGGUAACACUGGUGUUUGUAGCUGGCAUCCAGCUUAUUCUAGUUUGUAUGACAUGUUUAGACAAAGACAAAUCAUUAUAAACUUAAAUUAUUUGAGGUGUUGAAAGAUUACUUGUACAUAAUGAUGCAGAUUUUAUCUCAUAUUUUAGGAGUUUCUUCUAUUUGAUUGCUUUUGUAUCACCAUAUACUUUUUAUGUGAGCAAAUUUAUUAAAGUAAAGAUGCGAAUUGCAAAAUUAAAGCAUUGUCAUAUAAAUUGCAUUAUUUAGUACUAACCGAAAACUACUAAUAAGAGUAUAUUGAAUAACAUUUGAAUAAAUAAAAUACUUAAGAUAAUGUAUUUU